AUGAUGAUAAAUUAUUUGAAAAGAAUUCAGGGUAAAUUUAUACCUGGUUUUAUAAACCAUAAGAUAGUAGGAAAUUUACAUAAAAUUAAUACAAACACACAUAAUGAUGUUAUUGAGAAUAUAAAUGUAAAACAAGAGAGUGACGUGUCACAUAUAGGUGAAAAUAUAGACGUAGGAAAUAUAGAUUAUAAAUACUGUCCAUAUUUAAAACCAUUAGAAAUUAAAGGUAUUAAAAGAGCUGAUAGAAAGUUUGAUUAUAAUAGUAGUUAUAGCUUUAUGAAUAAACAAAAAGAUUUUACAGAAAAAUUUAAAACAAGUUUAUUUACAAAAUGUUUAUAUAAUGGAAUGAAAAUACCUUUACCACCAAAGAGAUAUAAAAUAUCCCAAUAUGUGGAUGUUAGAUUAGACAUGUUCUCACCUUUAAUAAUAACAUGUCUUAUAUGCUUCCCAUUUUUCUUUACAAGAUUUAUGUGGUCAGUCGAACACGCAUAA